GGCCCCAAAUGGAUUAUCUGCGGCUGGUGCUCUCCUGCCUCGUCCCCCUGCACGGCUGCCUGGCCGCCGGCAGCGCCCCAGAGCUGCUCCUGUCCGGCAAACUCCGCGAGUAUGGUGUGAUCGUCCCGUUCAGCACCGAUUGCCGGGGUCGCUUCCUCUCGCACGUGGUGUCCGGCGAGGCGGUGGCGGGGAUCGGCGAUCCCGCCUGUCCCCCCGAUCCCUCCCCAUCCCACCGCCGCGUCCCCCGCAGCCCCCCAGAUGAGCCCCCCCAGCGCCGCUUGCUCUACUUCAACGUCACGGUUUUUGGGAAGGAGCUGCACCUCCGGCUGAGGCCCAACCGGCGGCUGCUGCCCCCGGGCGCCGUGGCUGAAUGGCAGGAGGAUUUUGAGGUGCUUUUCCGGGAGCCCCUCCAGCAGCGGUGCCUUUUCACCGGGGACAUCUCCGGCAUGCCCGGAGCCGCCGUGGCCAUCAGCAACUGCGACGGACUGGCUGGCUUGAUUCGGACAGACAGCAACGAGUUCUUCAUCGAGCCCCUGGAGAGGGGGCAGCAGGAGAUGGAGGAGCACGGGAGGGCCCACGUGGUGUAUCGCCGGUCGGCCAUCCGGCAGGACAGCGCCGCGCCGCGCCACGACCUCCACCCUGAAGUGCCCGGGGCGCAGGUGGGUGACCUCCCCAACUCCCUGGAGCUGCUGACGGAGCGCCUGGGGGACACGGAGCGCAAGAGGCGCCAUGCCAGGAAGGAUGACUACAACAUCGAGGUCCUGCUGGCCGUGGAUGACUCAGUCGUGCGCUUCCAUGGCAAGGAGCACGUCCAGAACUACGUCCUCACCCUCAUGAACAUAGUGGAUGAGAUUUAUCACGAUGAGUCCCUGGGCGUUCACAUCAACAUCGUGCUGGUCAGGAUGAUCAUGGUGGGGUACCGGCAGUCGGUCAGCCUGAUCGAGCGAGGGAACCCGUCCCGGAGCUUGGAGCAGGUGUGUCGCUGGGCUCACUCGCAGCAGCGCUCGGACCCGGAGCACGCCGAGCACCACGACCACGCCGUCUUCCUCACCAGGCAAGAUUUUGGUCCCGCAGGUAUGCAAGGCUACGCUCCAGUGACGGGGAUGUGCCACCCUCUCCGCAGCUGCACCCUCAACCACGAGGACGGAUUCUCCUCGGCGUUCGUGGUGGCCCACGAGACCGGACACGUGUUAGGCAUGGAGCACGAUGGGCAGGGCAACCGCUGCGCCGACGAGACCAGCAUGGGGAGCAUCAUGGCCCCGCUGGUCCAGGCCGCCUUCCACCGCUACCACUGGUCCCGCUGCAGCAAACAGGAGCUCAACCGCUACAUCCAUUCCUACGACUGCCUCCUGGACGACCCCUUUGAGCACCAGUGGCCCACAUUACCCGAGUUGCCAGGCAUCAACUACUCCAUGGAUGAGCAGUGCCGCUUCGACUUCGGCGUGGGCUACAAGACGUGCACGGCGUUCCGCACCUUCGACCCCUGCAAGCAGCUCUGGUGCAGCCACCCGGACAACCCCUACUUCUGCAAGACCAAGAAGGGGCCACCCUUGGAUGGGACCGAGUGCUCUCCGGGCAAGUGGUGCUUCAAGGGCCACUGCAUCUGGAAGACGUCGGAGCAGCCAUACAGCCAGGACGGCAGCUGGAGCUCCUGGUCCAAGUUCGGCUCGUGCUCCAGGACCUGUGGGGGAGGUGUGCGAUCCCGCAGCCGGAGCUGCGACAACCCGCCCCCGGCAUAUGGUGGGCGCCACUGCCCGGGUGCCACCUACGAGUACCAGGUGUGCAAUGCCGAGGAGUGCCCGGGGCCCUACCAGGAUUUCCGUGCCCAGCAGUGCUCCAAGCGCAACUCCUACUACACCUACCAGAACAGCAAACAUUCCUGGCUUCCCUACGAGCACCACGAUGAUGCUCAGAAGUGUGAGCUGAUCUGCCAGUCUGAGGGCACAGGGGACGUGGUGUUCAUGAACCAGGUCGUUCACGACGGGACCCGGUGCAGCUACCGAGACCCCUAUAGCAUCUGCGUCCGGGGCGAGUGCGUGCACGUGGGCUGUGACAAGGAGGUUGGCUCCCUGAAGCAGGAUGACAAGUGUGGGGUCUGUGGGGGGGACAAUUCCCACUGCCGGACGGUGAAGGGCACGCUGGCCAAGACCCCCAAGCAGUCAGGUGAGAGUCUGGGAGCAGAUUUGGUCAGGCCCAGCUGGAUUCACACGCGUGUCCAGUUGGAACACACCCGCUCUUUCUCUUCCUCCAACCUUCCUCCCUCCCUUUCAGUAGGUGUUUUGAAGAUGUUUGAGGUUCCGGCUGGAGCGAGGCACCUUCAGAUAGAAGAGGUGGAGCCGGCAUCCCACAGCAUCGCUGUUAAGAAUCAAGCCACGGGUAACUUCAUCCUGAAUGCCAAGGGCAAAGAAGCCAAAAGCCAAGUGUUCAUUGAGAUGGGCUUGGAGUGGGAAUACACUGUUGAACAGGACAAGGAGAGCCUGAAAACCAGUGGUCCCCUGCAUGAGGCCAUCAGUGUUUUGGUCGUCCCUCAGGAGGAGGAGGUGAGGAGUAGCCUGAUGUACAGGUACAUCAUCCACGAGGACCUGCUGCCCAUGAUCGGAAACAACAACGUCCUGCUUGAGGAGAUGGAUUCCUACGAGUGGGCCCUCAAGAGCUGGUCCCAGUGCUCCAAGGCGUGUGGAGGAGGCAUCCAGUACACCAAGUACGGCUGCCGUCGGAAAAGCGACAACCGGAUGGUGCACAGGAACUUCUGUGACAACGGCAAGAAGCCGAAGCCGAUCCGGCGGCGCUGUAACCUCCAGGAGUGCUCCCAGCCCACCUGGGUGGCCGAGGAGUGGGGUGCCUGCAGCCGCUCCUGCGGGAAGCUGGGGGUGCAGGCGCGGGCGGUGCAGUGUGUGCAGCGCCUGCAGGACGGCACCAACCGCACCCUGCACACCAAGUACUGCCCCGGGCAGCGCCCCGAGACCCGCCGGCCCUGCGCCCGCCUGCCCUGCCCCGCGCAGUGGAGGACGGGAGCCUGGUCCGAGUGCUCGGCGACCUGCGGGGAGGGUGUCCAGCAGCGGCAGGUGGUGUGCAAGGGCAGCGAGAGCGGCGGGCGCUGCGAGGGAGACAAGCCAGAGGCCAUCCAGGGCUGCCACGUGGCCCUCUGCCCAGGGAAGCUCUCUGGCAUCACCGCCAGCGACGCCGGUGACCACAGCCCCACCAAAGGCCAGCGGGUGCCCCAGGAUGGAGCCAAAAACCCCGUUAGCAAGAUCUCCUCUAGGGAGCCUUGCCUCGGGGACAAGUCCAUCUUCUGCCAGAUGGAGGUUCUGGCUCGCUACUGCUCCAUCCCUGGAUACAACAAACUCUGCUGUGAAUCCUGUGGCAAGAAAGCCUCCUCCACCACCAGCUCAACCCCCGUCACUGGCCCCAGCGCUCCCUCGGGAAUCACCGCUCCCAGCCCCGCUCCGGCACUCUCCCCAUACCCCACACCGGGUGGGGACCCCACUCCAACACCUGGGAUAUCCAGCAGUGGUGCUUUUCCUGGGGGGCUGCCGGGCCCGAGCGAGCCGAGCAGGGGCCAGGCAGCCAGGUAACCCGCUCGGGGCCACCUCACCGCGGGGCAGGGGGAGCCUUUCUCCCUCCUUCCCUCCCUUUUCCCCCUUCUUUUUCCUCUCUCCCCCCACUUCUACUGAUGGUUUUCGUGGGUGGCACUGCCAGGUUUGGAAAUGACCUGGCUCCACACCCAGAAAUUCCCAGGAAAACCACUUAUUUCUUGUGAUCCCCCUUGCCCUCCCGACUGUGGCGUUUUUCUGACAGCACCAUGGAAAAAAAAGGUGAAAAGGAGCAAAAAAACACUGUGGGUAGACAGGCUGCUUCCUCCCAAGGUGCUAAAAAGAUUUGGGAAGAGAGUGGCUUUAAUAUUGCUUUUUCCUUUCCCUACUCCAAGCAGCAACACAGGAGAGGAGGGUCCUGGCUUGGCAGCUCAGCCCCAGAGCUUAGGGGUAGCAGUGGGAGGAUCCUGGGAAUCUGAGGGGGCAAGGAACUGGAGGGAGGUGGUGAGGGGAGGGGGAAUUGUGGGAAAAUCCCCAAAUGCUGCUCUGGGCUGUCCCUGUUGGGGUAGAGAGUUUUCGAAACCUGUCUGGGAGAGGAGCGUGAAAAACAUAGAGCAGCUUCUGUCCUGGAGGCAGGAAAUGGUCCAGGAAAUUCCAAUGUGAGCAAUAAGAACCAGGUCAAAGACCAAAAAUUGAUGUAAAAAAUGCCUGUCACUUGGGAGUGACUUUUUUAGCCAAUACUGCCCUUGGCCAGCCUUGAGCUGAUACGGAUUCCCAGCCUCCCCAGGACAACCAGCCUCAUCCCUGCACCUUGUACCCAGUGCCUGUGGAGCAUCAACACCUGCUGGAGGGAAAUGGAGGUGACUGGGAAGCAGGAAGUGGAUUUUAGGGGCAGUUACAAAGAGAGGAGGGAGGAAGAUUCAUCUGCAUCUUUUGUUGUGUGGGAAGGAGUGGAAGGGGGGUGAUUAAUGCCAUUAAAAAUUAUUGUGCCAAGUACUAAAGGUAUGCACAGCACUUUAGGAGCCUCAGACUGGGCACACCUUGCCAGGUGUCAGGCCAGCUCUGGGGACAGGGUCUGCCUGGAGGAGUUACAGUCCUUAAAACCUCCCCAGAAUGGUGUCCCUGAGGGGGCUGCCCUGGUUUUGGUGUUUAUGGCUGUGCAGCCUCCCAGCUGAGGGCGUUGGGCACCCCCAGGUGCAGUGGCAGGGGAAGGUGGGUAUCCAUGGUGGUGAGCGCUGCCCUAGGGAGGAGGACUUGGGCACAGAGAUGGAGUCUGGGGAAGGCAAGGCUUGGCAGAUAGACCAGUUUGGCAUUGCAAAGAGGAGAACAUGUUGGCAGCACGUGUGUGGUGUGGGUGCGUCCGCUGGCCCUGUUGGUGCUGCUUCCCUGGUAUCCAAGGAGCAGGAUGGGCAUCCCUAGGGACAGUGUCUGUAAGCUCUUCAGGUGUCUGGGGCUUGCUGGUAAAGUGGCCUGGGGUGACUUUUCUGGUCUGGCUUGGAUUGCAGCAGGGGAGGGGUUGAGAUACCUGCUUUGGCUGAAAUGGAUGGAGACCCCUCUGUAUUCCUAGCUGGACACUGCCACACUCCCUCACAGCUUCCCAGCAGCAUAAAAAGGGCUGAAGAGAUGUGAAGAGGGUGGCUUGUUCACCCUACUGCCCCCAGAUCGCUGCCAAGUCACGGCUGGACACACAUUUAUCUAACUACUCUCAAAGCACCUGAGGCUGCAGGUCCCCUGCUCCCGGGUGCUGCCCUUUGGCAUUAGGUGGGCAUCCCAAAAGAUAGGAAAAAAAAGCCCCCCAUCUGUCUGAGCCAAGCAACUGGCACACCUUGUGGGAGUGGGCACGUGGAGGGUGCCUGUGGGGUGCCCAGAUCCAAGUCGUGCAGGUAUUGGCACCCACAGGACCCACGAGAUGCUGUGGGUGUGCCGGGGCGGGAUUCAUCCCUCAGAUUGCCGUGCCCCUUGCCAGCCUCUCCACUGCCCUCCACGGGAGUGCCAGCAUUUAUUUAUUGUGCCAAAGAUAAUGCUUCGUUUACUGUCCAAGGAGCAUAAGAAAAAGACCCCCUUCCCCCUCAAAAAUGGGCUGUGAUGUUCUUCCUCCCAGAUUCCCAGCUGCACCCCCAGCCUCCCCCCUCUUCAGUGCUGGCCUGGGCAUUGGUGCUUUAUUGCAUUAGGAAUAUUUGCAGUGGUUCCUUGCUGUACCUCGGAGCAGGGGCCCCUCACACCCCACAGCUGGGGUCCCCUGGGGGAAUUUAGGCAAGGGGGGCUGCGCUGCAGGUGCUAACCCUGACCUCAAGCUGAGAGGUGGGGGAGAUUCAAAGCAGGGUGUGAUAAUUCCCCCCCACACACACUGCUCUGGGGUGGUGAUGCUGCAGGGCUGGCACCCAGCACUGGGUGUUUCAUGGAA